UCCAAAGCAUCCUCCUCGUCGGGACUCACGCGACUGGAGGACGACAAAAAAAAAAAGAAACAAAAAAAAAAAAAAAAAAGAAAGAAAGAAAGAAAAGAAAGCUCUGGUGCGCCCAUGUGCGUCCCGCUAUACAAUCACACAGUUUCGUCUCCAACCCAGGUGAAGGCGUGGAUGGCUCACAAAUAGGCAAAAACCAAACAAAACGUGUGAACUUUCUAUUGUGACUGGAGCCAUUAUCUCCUCGGUUCUCCAUCCUGCUGUGACACAAAAGAGGCAGCUUGUGAGCAUGGAAAGCCCGUCUUCUGAUUAGGCCUGCAAGCUGUAAACUCUACACAGAGAAAAGCUGUGAUUGUCAGGGUGAUGGCGGACAUUCUGGAGCUGCGCACCGACGGGAACUCGCUCCUGAAGGCGGUGUGGCUCCGGCGCUUGAGGCUCACCAGACUCCUCCUGGAUGGCGGCGCGUACAUCAACGAGAGCAAUGAGCGUGGCGAGACACCUCUCAUGGUAGCCUGCAUGUCGACGCACAGCGACCAGCAGAGCGUCAGCAAGUCCAAACUGGUCAAAUAUUUGCUGGACAACCAGGCUGACCCCAACAUACAAGACAAAGGAGGCCGGACCGCCCUGAUGCACGCCUGCAUCCAUGAAGCGGGACAUGAGGUGGUGGACCACCUGCUGAGCAACGGGGCUGAUCCCAGCUUGGAGGACAGGGGCGGGGCCUCUGCGCUGGUUCACGCCAUCAACGCAGAUGAAAAGCAAACGCUAAAGCUGCUCCUGGACGCUUGCAAAGCCAAAGGCAAAGAGGUGAUCAUAAUCACCACUGAUAAGUCGCCAUCUGGCACCAAAACCACCAAACAGUACCUAAAUGUUCCUCCGUCUCCAGAGCUGGUUGACAAGUCCUCUUCGGCAUACUGCACCUCACCUUCUGGUAUACAUGUCGCUGCAUCUCUUACGAUGGAGGAAGAGCAACAAAACACCGUCUUCAGCUUCCAGACGAAGCUGAAAACGUCCUGCUCGGCCAACAAACUGGCCAACGGGCACACGUCGCCCAUGCGGCGGCCCGCCAGCCACAAACGAGCGCGCUUACCUCAGCUGAAGCGUCUGCAGUCGGAGCCCUGGGGGCUGAUCGCGCCCUCCGUGUUGGCCGAACGGGCGAGCGGCCACGACGAAAGCAAGAAGGCCAGCUCGGACGAGGACAUGGUGGCAGGUGUGAACGGCCUGACUCUGAGCAAGAGGGUCGCUUUGUCUCGACAGAACAGCGUGGAUGGCAAAGAAAGCGCUUUCCCGCUGGUGGCUGAGCAAGGCUGCAAAAUGACAACCUCGCUGUCGGUUCCCCCGACCUCUAAAGUGGCCUAUGAGAGAUCUCUGGGCCAGCACCAGCCUUUGGCACGACGCAGCACCGUGCCCGCCGAGCAAGAGGGCGGCAGCGUUGGGCACCCCGGUCUCAGAGACACCGUGUACAAGAGGCGACUUGGGAACGACCACUAUGACUCUGACUCCCAGCUCUACUCUGACUCGGUCAUGCUGGACUCCCCGAAGGUGCCAGUGGAGCGAAGGAAACUGAACACUUCCCCUCUGGCCGUGUUGACCAGUUCCAGAGAGUCCCUUGACAGUAACGCCAGCACGUCCUCACCCAGCGCCGUACGCCGUCGUCCGCCGGGCCUCCUGGAGAGGAGAGGUUCCGGCACCCUGCUCCUGGAUCACAUCUCCCACACCAGGCCGGGCCACCUGCCCCCUCUCAACGUCAACCCCAACCCUCCCAUCCCUGACAUUGGCGCCAGUAGCAAGCCAUCCUCUCCUUUGGCCAGCGGCUUUCGAUCCUUAGCGCCAGUAGCACCGAACACACCAAAGAGAGGCGGGUUGAAGUGCAAGAAAAAACUUGUGAGAAGACACUCUAUGCAAGUGGAGCAGAUGAAGCAGCUGUCUGACUUUGAGGAGCUAGCUCAUUAGUGACUGGGGGUGUUUAUGCAGCAUUUUUAGUGUUGACCGCCUACAUUGUCAGCAAGUGCAUCCCUGAGUUCAGUCGUGUAGACUUACAGGCGUGUAGAUGUUGACUAACAAACUGGAAAAUGAAGUUACAACUGAGCAAUAUACGUAGGUUUCAGAACUGGGCCCAAGAAAUUGCUUUGCAAGUCACAACUCAGUCUCAAGUCUUUGCCCCUCAAGUCCCCAGUCAAGUCCCAAGUCGAGUCAGCCAAGUCUCCCGAGCCAAGGCCCAAGACCUACAUUUUGAGUUUCAAAAUCUAGGACUUGUGACUUGACUGAUACUUGAAGUCGAGACAGGCAAGUCCAGAGUCAAGUCGAAAGUCCUCUUUCAAAUUCUCACACUUGCGACUGGACUUGGGACUUGGCUGUCUCAACUUGGGGCUUGACUCGGGACUUGAGGGCAAAGACAAAAGACUUACUCGUGACUUGCAAAGCAAUGACUUGGUCCCACCGCUGGUAGAUUUCCUCCUUGUGUCGCUUCCCACCUUGAGGAUUAUCUUUUGACGCCAUGUCUGCUUUAAAUGUAUUACCGUUUUGAAUGUAAAUGACAAGUUAUGACAUAUGAAGGAUCUCUCCUACGUGGUGAUGUAACAUGCAGGGACCAUCAUUGGUCCAUUCGUAGCCAACAGGCCACUUGGUUGCAUUUUGUGCAUAUGUAAUUAGCACUAACAACGGACUUGCUUUGGAUUUAGUGAUGAGUCGAGAUGUAGCGUUGAGUAAAAGGUUUGACUGUUUGUAGCAAAACUGUGCGAAGUGCCUUCAAGAUAAAGAUUGUUGUGGAAAGAGUUGAUAGAUACAUUUGAUGUAUUAAAAACAAUUCGUAACAAAUAAGGAUGUAACCAAAAUGUGUUUCAUUUCAUCAAUAUUGUUGGCGUCACAGGCAGUGAAUAAUAUGCCUUUAAAUAGCAGAUGCAAUGAUGUAUGUCGUGGUACUUCAUUGCCGAGGAAGAAGAAAAGCAAGACAAACGUUGCCAUUGUAACAGUGUUAGCACUCGCGCAUUUUAACAGCACAUGUAAUAUUUCAAUUUAAUUAAAGCCACAUUGGUGAUAACUGUGUGAUCAAAUGUCAUUUCACGCUUAUGGCAAUCAAAUUUUUCAUAACUUUCACCACCUUAAUAAAUACUUAAAAUCAAAAGUGUGAGUGUAUGUGUGCGCGCCGUGUGUUCGUGAAGUGUUCCUGCUGUGCACGCCUCCACCUCUCGGGGGCAGUGUGGUGCACGCAUGUAGAUUACGCAACUUCAUCAGAAGGCCUCAGACCAGAAGAACGUCGCGAUUGAACCACAUUCAAAAUAACUCGUUUUUGACAGAAUAAGAAGAAUAUAUGCCCGUGGGGAUUGUUAUAUUACAUUAAACCCAAAAGUAAGUGUUACUUCUGCGUUUUGUGUGUGAAUAUUGGUUAUU